GACAAUCAGGUGGUUUAUGGGAAGUGUGUGCUUUGCUAGCUUGGAUUACGCAUUUGUGCGAGUCAUUUUCAGAUUCUGAAUCAAAUUGAAACAAGACACCAAUUUUUGUCAGGAAAUGAUAUUUGUUUGAAAGCAGUAAGCGAGAAGGGACGUCUGUUGGCUUCAGGGAUAAGAGUCAGUGUACUAGGUUGACUAGAAAUAUAGUGCCUCUCCUUUCCUUUUCUCUGACCUUUUAUUUGCUAAUCUAAAGUCACCAUGUCUUCGAACAAUGUGAGCCUGGUUCCUAUGCUUCCAACAGAAGAUGACCAAACUUCAAAGCUUAUUCGAAAAUCCAAGGAGUCCCCAUUUGUCCCUAUUGGGAUUGCUGGGUUUGCAUCUGUGGUGGCUUAUGGACUGUACAAACUGAAGACAAGAGGAAACAGAAAAAUGUCUGUACAUCUUAUCCACAUGCGUGUGGCUGCCCAGGGAUGUGUAGUAGGAGCCAUGACUAUAGGUGUUCUUUGGUCGAUGUACAAAGAAUAUGUUGUGAAGCCCAGGGAACAGAAAAUUGCUCUGCUUCAGAAAUGAAGUUGGACCUGUUUACCGUCGUUCUUAGAAUUUAAAAUCUUAGGCUUUCAAAUGUACCUCACUUUGAGGUGAUCAGGAUUUUUCCUUUCACCUUGGAUAAGUACUUAUUAGAUAUUUAAAACUUUAGAUUUUUCAAACUUGCUUUAGACAGUAUACUAAUUUAUACUGCCCAGGAAUGAUCUUUCAACAGGCAUGAUUAGUGCUGCUGGGUGCAGAACACCACUUUUAUCCGAUUUUGCCCAAUUUACAAACAACUGUUUUUAAUCUCUUUUUCAUAGUUAUACGUUGCAAUCCUUUGAAGAAUUUAUCAGCUCCACAUUGGCAAAUAUAAUUAAACAUUUUAGCCUGUUUGUCGUCAUUAUUUGUUUGGAGGGUGUUAGCUGCAGAGGUUAGACUAACAUCAUUCAACUGGCUGGUUGUUGCACAAUCCAGUAUUUGAGAUCGCAUUUCACUCUGUUUUGGCUGCAUUCAUGUCUUUAAGAUGCUUAAGUUUGCUGCAAUUCAGAUCCGUUUCAGACACUUGAAAUUACAUGAGAUGCUCAAUGCUUGGGCAAAGUUUAUUCCAAGUAGAUCACGAGCCCUGUUUGUUUCGAGUAUUUCCACUGAAUUUCAAUUGGUCAAGAAGCAGUUAUUACUCCAUUGUAUUCAUUUUUAUUCAUUCUUGAAAGACAUUGGAAGUCUCCAGUGCAUUCUGGAGUCUGCAGCAUUAUUAAUUCUAAUGUCAAAUUCACUUGAACUUGUACAAACUGAAUAAUGUUUUGAUUUGGAAAUGGUGAGCAAAAAAUGAUACGCUGGACUUUUAUUUCAGUAUCUUGAAGCAGGGCUUUUAAUAAUUGGUAACUUUUUUACAGCUUGCAUUCAACAUUGAUGUAUUUUAAGUGUAACAGAUUAAACUGGAGACCUAAUACUUAGAAAAUGUUAGUGUGUAAAAUUGAUGUAUUUCAGACUAAUUUAAAUAUAGGAUGAUCUUGUUUUAGAGUAAAUUAUGAAUAUAAAGAUGGUUAUUUUCACUGAAAAUGGGUCAAUGUUUGUUUGUACUUGCAAUCAAAUUACCUUAGGUUGCAAUGGGACUGUGCUACAUCAUUCAAUGAUAUUUGGAGAACAGACUCCAUGUUGCAAAAGAAGUCUUGUAUUUAAAUGCACUUAAAUCGAAACUGUAUAUUGCUUAAACAGAUAUUUAUUCAAUAUAUUUACAUCACCACAUUUCACAGAUGUUAAUGCAUAAUAAAAUAAAGUAGCUUUUAUUUCUCAAGAUAUUUUUAAAAUAAAAACAUCAAAGCAAUGGAA